CUCCCGUCGUAUCUCACCACGCAUUUUCUCGUUACUGUCUAAAAAAGGGAAUUUCAAUCAAAUUUCGUGAAGCAAAGGUUCAACGUUUACUGCAAUAUUUAUCAGAGAGCCAAGAAAAAAAAUGAAGAAAGAAGUAUAAAUCGAAAUUUUGAUGUAGAAAUUUUCAGAUUGUAUUUGUCUUUGAACUAUUUGCAGAUAGUUAUAGGGUUUUCCUUGCUGUCUAUUCAUUACCGGUGGAACAGUUUCGCAGGUCUUUCGUUUAUAAUCAUUGUUUUUCAUGGAGAUUGAUGAAAGGAGUUGUGAGAAGAUCUUCUCAAAGGGAGAUGUAUAUAUUGGUAAUUUCAAGGGAAUGCUUCCACACGGAAAGGGUAAAUAUGCUUGGUCAGAUGGAACAGUUUAUGAUGGUGACUGGGAAGAAGGGAAAAUGACAGGGAAAGGCAAGAUAUUUUGGCCGUCACAGGCUACAUAUGAGGGUGAUUUCUCUGGAGGAUACCUCCAUGGUUUUGGAACUUUUACUGGUUCUGAUGGGUCCAUAUACAGGGGUUCUUGGAAUAUGAAUUCUCAGCAUGGCAUUGGAAGGAAGCAAUAUCAGAACUCAGACUUUUAUGAUGGUUGUUGGAGAGAAGGAGUACGUGAAGGCAGUGGUAAGUAUGCAUGGAGCGAUGGCAACUUAUAUAUUGGAAAUUGGAAGAAAGGGAAAAUGUCUGGUAGAGGGGUCAUGAGAUGGUCCGAGGGUGAUCUUUUUGAUGGCUUCUGGUUGAAUGGGUUGAGACAUGGAUCAGGCUUCUAUAGAUUCGCUGAUGGAAGCUAUUAUUUUGGGACAUGGACCAAGGGGCUGAAGGAUGGACGUGGAAUAUUCUAUCCUGCUGGAAGUAAGCCUCUAGGUAAACAUAAUCUUGAAGGACAGGAACACAACAAGACAAAGAUGCUAUCCCAUAGUUCGUCAAUAAAUUCAGAGGACUCAGUAGUACCUAGUGUGAAGCGUACUCUUUCUGAUAAAAUUUCGAACAGUUUUGUAAGAGGAUCAGGACGUAUGUCACAUAAAACCAUAUCCCUGGAUGCUAAUUGGGGCUGUAAUAAUUCGACUACAAAGAUUACAUCAUCCUUAUCUUGCAGAUUGCCAGAUGAUCAAAGUGAGUUGCAAGAUAACAGGGCUGUGGCUUAUGAGAGGGAAUAUAUGCAAGGAGUCCUUAUUAAAGAAAGAAUUAGAAAUAUAUCCAAACUAUCCCAUAAAAAUAAACGUCUCAAGUUUGCAAAAGAGGUUCAAAGGGGCUCAUGUGUGAACAUUUUUGAAGGGCACAGGAGCUAUUAUCUAAUGCUUAGCUUGCAGCUUGGUAUCAGGUAUACUGUAGGCAAGAUCACACCUGUUCCUAUGCGCGAAGUGAGAUCAUCUGAUUUUGGAGAUCAAGCCAGAAUAAGAAUGUAUUUUCCGAGCAAAGGAUCCCAGAUGACUCCUUCACACUAUUCAGUUGACUUCUUCUGGAAGGACUACUGCCCUAUGGUCUUCAGGAUCCACAGGAAUUUGAGAGAGAUGUUCAAGUUGAAUGCUGCGGACUAUAUGAUGUCCAUCUGUGGUGAUGAUGGUCUGAGAGAGCUGUCUUCUCCAGGGAAAAGUGGAAGUCUUUUCUAUCUUUCUCAUGAUGAUAAAUUUGUGAUUAAGACAUUGAAAAAGUCUGAACUGAAGGUUCUACUUAAGAUGCUGCCGCAUUACUAUGAACACGUACGAGGGCAUGAGAAUACUCUUAUUACUAAAUUCUUUGGGGCGCACAGGAUAGCACUAAAACGUGGAAAAAAGGUUCGCUUUGUAGUCAUGGGAAAUAUGUUUUGCACAGAAUUACGGAUACAUCAGCGUUAUGAUUUGAAGGGUUCAUCUCAAGGGAGAUUUACAAAAAAGGACAAGAUUGAUGAGAGCAGCACACUGAAAGAUCUUGACUUGAAGUAUGAGUUUCGUAUGGACAGAUUAUUGCGCGAGUCACUUUUUAGAAAUCAAUCCUUAGGCAUGGGGACAGAACAAUGAAAAAGAAGAGGAUAUUAUCCCGGUUAUAUUUUCAAUUUUCGUCAAUGAGCUUUGCCCUCUCUCUAUGCAACUAUUACCUAAGAGAAUAUUAUUUUUUUCUUUCGUUUUCUUUUCUGUUUUCCGGAGGACUAAACUUACAUUGGUAGGGUUUGGUGGGGUGAUUACCUAGAACGUUAAAAUCUAAAUUUAAUAGACUUCCAAAUUUCAAGUUAUUGCAUGACAGAAACUGAUGGAGAUAGAGCUACAAGAUAUUUAGGAUUUUGAAGUAGAGUUUGAUUAAAGUAUAUUUAUUUAGAUUAGAUUUAAUAUUUCUAUAAGAUUCUAGUUUAGUAUAAGUUCGUUUGAUUUUAUAUUCUUUCAGAUGCUUUUGCUUUAUAGAUAAAAGGGCUUAUUCAUUGUAAUAUUCAAGCCUUGAUUAUAUGAAUAAAUUGAUAUCUUCAUUUGUCCUCGAUUCUUCUCUUCUUUGCACCUCUUACUUUCCUUAAUUUUCAAUUCAUUGUCAAAUCUACGCUUCUGCGUCAGAAACCCAGUCAACUGUAGGUUACACUCAUUUUGCUUGCUCUGACGGAUAUAGAUAUGAUGAAAUCUUAAAACUGUAUGAUGUUCUUUGACCUACAGAGUAUGUGCUAAUGACUCCUAUUAUGGACACUCAUAGAUGCACUGGAACUGUUACAGUCAACCGUGUCAUUUUAUUGAACUCCUUGAAUGCCCAAUUUAUUAGUAAAUCAUGAUCGCUUUUCAGGAGACACUUGCAUAAUUUGCCUGGCCAGCACAAAAUAAUCUGUAUUAUAAAUUGGCUAUAUUGAGUGCCAUAUACUCAAAGAAAUUCAUAAGUUUAGAAGCCAUCUUGAGAAUUAAAGUUCAGUGUAUUCAAAAUUAUUUUUUCCCAACAUGAAUAAAGAAAUUCUUUUGAAAUGGAGUUCGCUCUCUUAGGGCUAUUAUUACGUUGUAUAUUUGUAGCACUGAUAACCCAUAUACAUUUUCAUAUUUGUCUCUUAUGCAUUCAAGUGCACUUCCACUCUAAACGAAGUCAUUCACUUGGUAAACAGUUCCAUAGCGGUUAUAUUUUAUAUAUUUUAGAUAUACAAUCUCAUAUGGUUCAAUGGAUUCACUCUAGAAUAAAUCUUCAAAUUCAUUAUUUGGGUAAUUGGUCUCAUCAAUGUACUACAGUUUAUUGUAUUAAGUGUUAAACUUUGCUCUUAUAGAUAAUAUACACUAUGAUUUUUAUGAUUUGGAACUGUAUUGAAAUUCGUUCAAUAUGAACUAUUGUAGUACACUUACGAGAUGAUUCAUAAUCAAUGAAUGGGAGAUUGUAAUUGGAUGUGUUUUGGAUAGGCUAUGACCUGGCUAAGAAUUGACGUUAGCUGGAGCUAGGGAUUAUAAGUCCUUUGUGGUGCCUUUUGAGCAUAUGGCUUCUUAUACCAUAAAAGAAUGUUGGAGAGAGAAAGUUGUCUAAGAAAGAGGCCACACUCAUUGGGAUAGGAUGAAAUUGUUAAGUCCUGAUUUUAUCUACAUGCUAAUUCGAUCAAGGAGGUAUGAUCGAGAAAUAACACAUUCACUUAGUCACCAAGAAAAGGCUGGGGGAGAGUCUUCUCUUUAAAUCAGUUCUUAGAAAUUCAAUCGUAAAUUUUGAUCUUCUGCCCAAUUCGCAUUGCUUAUCAAGGAGCUUAGUCUCCUUCCUCUGUAAGAAUAGAAUUUUAUUGGGAACCUUAGGAAUAAGAGCAAUGGCAGUAGCAUUAAUCUCCUUGAGCAAGCACCCCGAGGAGAAGAAAGAUUAGUCAUUCCAACUGCAUGAUUAAUAUAAGUUACAACUGCAUUAUUAGCCAUCCUCGAAAUUAUAUAAUAGGCUUGGGGGAGAGAGUAUCUACCAAGGACCUCAGCUCGAAUGGCCCUCAAAAUCCUUAAAUUACAUUUUUUUUAUGGAUAGCUUAUAUUUGCACUCUCUGCUUAAUUGUUAAUUUCGUUCUCCUUAGCUUUCUGACCAUGUUAAUUGUUUGUUUGCCUUGUAAUUAUGACAAAUUUGGUCUUGUAUUGU